AUUAAUAAGUAGUUAAUUAAAACAAAAUGGCGGCGAGGCGUGAAGGAGGGAACUUUCAAAGUGGAGUGGAUCCGUUAUUUAUGGCUCUUACAUUAUUUAGACACAGAAGAUUUGGAGACUGUCUUGACAUUUGUAACCAAUUACUGGAGAAGAACCCACGGGACCAGGCUGUGUGGUUUUUGAAGGUCCGCUCACUAACGGAGCAGACUUACAUUGACGAGACUGAAGUGGAGGAUGAGGGCAUUGCUGAACUCACGAUGGACGAUAACAAGAUUGCCGAUGUCGCAAGACCUGGUACAUCACUGCGUCAACCCACUGCUGUAGCUACUGGAAGAAUUGGGACCAGCCAAGGAGUGAGGCCUGUAUCUCAAGUGGGUCGGCCAGUCUCUGGUUUCCUCCGUCCUGGUACUCAAAUGGGAGGAGGAGGUACCUCGUUAGAGCAAGCAAUCAAAGCUCCACGGACAGCUCAGACUGCAAGGCCAAUUACCAGUUCUUCUGGAAGAUUUAUUCGACUUGGAACAGCGUCAAUGCUAACUGAACCAGGUGGGUCUUUCAUUGAUGUAACGAAACUGAACUUGGCAACUUAUGCUCAGAAACCAGCACUGGCUAAAGUAUUGUUUGAGUAUCUAUUUCAUCAUGAGAGUAAUUUUAGAAGUGCUUUACAGUUGGCAGCACAUGCUACAGAAUCAUGUAGAUUUGAGGACUGGUGGUGGAAAGUCCAGCUAGGGAAGUGCUACUAUAGACUGGGGCUGUACAGAGAUGCAGAGGGACAGUAUCUCUCGGCUCUUAGGAGCAAUAAAGUCCCUCACCCCAUCACCAAAGGAACCACUGAAUACUUCCAUUGCAUUGACAUGUACCUCUACCUUUGCAAGCUGUACAUUAAACUGGAUCAACCUCUAAAGGCACUGGAGUAUUACAGAAAAGGAUUGGAGAAGUUUCCUAAAGACACGAGUUUACUCAUUGGAAUGGCAAGAAUAUAUGAAGGUUUAAGUGACACUGAUCAGUCUAUACAGCAUUAUAGAGAGGCCCUUCAAUCUGACAGCACUUGUGUUGAGGCCAUUGCUUGCAUUGCCACUAACUACUUUUAUUCCGAUCAGCCAGAGAUAGCCCUCAGCUACUAUAGGCGUUUGCUACAGAUGGGCGUGUACAAUGCUGAGCUCUUCAACAACCUUGGUUUGUGUUGCUAUUAUGCUCAGCAGUACGACUUCUCCCUGAGUUGUUUCCAGAAGUCUCUCUCUUUGGCGUCGUUGGAGACACUCGCCGAUAUAUGGUAUAACAUAGGACAACUGGCAGUGGGAACUGGUGAUACUAAACUAGCCUAUCAGUGCUUCAAGCUGGCCAUUACUCAUGACAAUAAUCAUGCAGAGGCUUAUAACAACCUUGGUGUAUUGGAAUGGCAGAAUAAAAAGGGAGAGAAAUCUUUAGCCUGCUACAAUGUCAGUGUACAGUUGGCUCCCCAUCUUUAUGAGCCUCAUUACAACAUUGCUUUGGCAUCUCAGAAGAUUGGUUGUCUUCAUAAAAGCUAUAAAGCUGUCAAGAAGUCUCUAGAAGUAUAUCCUGAUCACAUUGAGUCUCAGGAGCUAUUGAAGCAAAUACAGCAACACUUUGAAGCUCUCUAAGACAAGUACAUGUACAUGUACGCCAAGCCGUCUAACUCUAUCCUUCACUUAUCCCCAGGCAUCACUUCUUAUAGUAUAGGCAAUUAGGCAGCAGUCCAAUCUCUUAGUGUUUGUAUCAGUAUGUGUGUGUGUGUGAUACAAGCAUUAUUUUAUUUAUUUUAGUAA